AUGCUGCGUCACCUGUUUCUCGCAGCGAUGCUGCUGGCUGCCUUGUUUGCCGGCUCCGCUAGUGCAGCGCCACGGCUUGUAGGGCAGAAGGUGGCGGGUCCAGCAGUAGUAGGCACGGGAGCGGACAUUGUUGUAGCGAAGGACGGGAGCGGCGGUUACAGCACCGUUAAGGAUGCAAUUGCUGCUGCGAAGUCUGGUACCGCAAGCCGCUACUUCAUCAUUUUCAUCAAAGCAGGGGUGUAUAACGAGCAAGCUAUACUACCCGCGUCUCUGAGAUUCAUCGGGCUCGUGGGCGAGAAUGGCACGAAGAUCACGGCGGCCAAUUCCUCCGGGGAAUCCAACCUGAACGAUUGCUCAACGUUCCAACUGCUCGCGUCGGACGUGGUCGUCUCAAACAUCAUCUUUGAAAACGCGCACGGACCGGGCGUGCAGGGCGGGCAGGGCGACCAAGCCGUGGCCGUGAAAGCAGCUGGGACCCGCGUUGCUUUCUACGGAUGCACGUUCCUGGGGUAUCAGGACACUCUGUACGCGGUAUCGGGUCUCCAGUACUACAAGAAUUGCGUCAUCCAGGGCCGUGUGGAUUUUGUGUUCGGAAACGCCAAGGCCCUCUUUCACCACUGCGAAUUCAACUUGGUGUACUGGGGUGGCGGUUACUUCGCACAGUCUCGCGAAAAGGGCGAUGACACUGGUUAUGUCAUCCUCGGCGGUUCCCUGAGUCCGCUUGGGAAAGGCCCGAUCAAGCCCGGUUAUUUGGCGCGCUCCUGGGGUAAAUACUCCACCACGAUUUUCGUGAACACGUAUUUCGCAUCAGGGUCAGUUCGCCCUGAGGGGUGGGGUUACGUGCAGGGUAACAAGAAGCUGAGACACGUAACCUUUGCAGUGUAUGGGUGUUACGGUCCCGGUUACGACACCUCGAAGUGGGAAGAUACAGCGAUAAUUUUAACCGCGUCAGAAGCAGCCCCGUAUUCCAGCAUAGCCUAUGUAAACCAGGGAGGUUGGAUUACCGACCCUAAUGUGCUGGUGCGUGGUGUGGGAGGGAAGGUGGACAACAACGGUGGUGAUGGAAUCAACUUCACUGCUGGCAACGGCUCUGGUAACAAUGCCUCGUCCUCCUCACCAAAUCCAACCAUCCCACCCGCUUCGACCAGCAAAGAUGACAAGAAGAGCAAGAAGCGGGAUAAGAGGAAGCGUAAGGAUGACUAG